AUGUCGACCACGCCACCCACAGCGCCAGCCAUGCGCUUAAGAGAGCCUGUGCUGGUGCAGGUUUUGUCGGCUGUCAAGGCAGCUGUUGGCCGCCUGAAUUUCAGUGUGUCGCCUCGCCAGAACAUUGAAAAAUUUCGCGCGUACCGCUGGUCGCGCCUCGACAAAUUGAAGUAUGGCACGAUGUUCGUGAUUGCACUCUUUUCCGUCGCUGUAAUGGGGAGUCCAUCUUUUCCUUCAAAGCUCCUUAUCCCUGCCAUCUACAUUGCCGCUUUGCUCAUCCCGCUGACGUCGCAGCUGAUUCUGCCGGCCUCACCGAUCCUUCUGUGGCUGCUGCUGUUCUAUUCGUGCCGCUUUAUCGACGUGUCUGCACGGCCCCACAUCUGGGUUUCAGUACUUCCGACACUGGAGACGAUCUGGUACGGCGCCAGCAUUAGCGAUAUCCUCACGCGAUUCGGCCACCCCCUCCUCGACGUGCUCGCAUGGAUCCCGUAUGGUGUCGUGCACUUCGCGGCACCCUUCAUCGUGGCAAUCCUUUUGUUUGUGUUUGCUCCAGAGAGCAGCGUUAAAAUGUUUGGCAGCGCCUUUGGGCUCAUGAACCUGACCGGCGUGCUCAUACAGAUUGCCUUCCCCUGCGCGCCGCCCUGGUACGAGCUGCGCGAAGGACUCACGCCAGCCAACUAUGGCAUGCGCGGCUCCCCAGCCGGCCUGGCACGCAUCGAUGCACUGUUUGGGGGCUUUGUGUAUACCAUGGGCUUUAGCAGCGCCCCCGUGGUGUUCGGCGCAUUUCCUUCGCUGCAUGCAGCAUGCGCAACCUGCGAGGCAUUGUUCCUCAGCUACUUCUUCCCCAUCAAGCUGCCUCUGGGGCGCUGGCGCUUGGACACGCGCAUCUUUUAUUGGCUGUACGCUUUUUGGCUGUACUGGUCGACCAUGUACUUGAUGCACCACUACCUCAUUGAUCUCGUGGCCGGCGGCUGCCUUGCCACCAUGGCAUUCUAUCUAUGCCGCCCAGAGUCGUUGCGCGAGGCGAUGGAAGACCGUGUCGCGGCGAUGGAGCGCGAAGAACGCGCGCGUCUCGGCGAGCCUGUCGACGAUGCGCUGCCGCUCGAGCGCUUCCCAUUCAAACCUGAAGAGCAAAAUCCGUCGCCCAAUGAUGCCAUCUUUGCCAUCGACGAGGAGUCCAUGCCACAUGAUGCCGCCUCACACUCGUAA